AUGGCUCUCUCGGUCACAACGCUGGCCAUCGCCGUGGUGGCCUUGAUCCUCUACAAGGGGAUCAUCUACCCUGCUUUCAUCUCGCCAUUGGCGAAGAUCCCCAAUGCUCACUGGAGUGUCCCCAUCUCUCCUGCCUGGAUGCUCUGGAGACGUUUUCGCAUGACAAAUAACCGGACUAUCCAGGCUGCUCAUGAGCGUCUCGGUCCGCUCGUGAGACUUGGCCCCUCAGGAGCUCUCGAUCAAUUGUGUCGAUGA